CAUUAUUAAUAGAAAUGGUGAACGCUGGCGGCAAAGCACAACCUGCUAUCAAGAAAUAAAUCCCCCAACACCCUCAGCUACUUCUACUUCACCAAGUCCAUUAAUUUUCUUUGUUUUCAGUUUCUGGUACUAAUUUAGAACAAAGGGUUUUUAUUGCAAGAUUCUGCAUGUUGUUGUAGUUAUGAUGAUAAGUCCUCAUAAUGACAAGGCUCAGCAUACACACAUUUCAUCUUUCCGGUCGUCUCCUUCAUUGAAUUUGGGUUUAAUCCUUGUUAUACCGUCCGUCGUGCUCUUAGUUCUUGUCUCUACAUUGGUUCCUCACCCUUCCACUUUUUCUCCGUUGUCUUCACCAUGGAAAUGGAGAUAUGGCGGCCACUGGUAUUCUUCCAUCUUCAAUGGGUCCUCCACGGAUUCUCCUUUCAUGGAAGCUGAAACCGAUGAACUUGCCCCCAACAUGUCUUUUUCAGAUGCACUUAUUGACAAAGACGUUGACAAUGUUACAUCCACGACAAGAGUUGUAAAGCGAAGCAGCAAGUUGGAGAUGCUCGAAGCAUAUAUGGCAAGAGCUCGAUCCUCCAUUAAAGAGGCUGCUCGAGUUCGGAACUUGACAUCGAUUCAUCAAGAUCCAGAUUAUGUUCCUCAUGGACCAAUAUACAGAAAUGCAAAUGCUUUCCAUAGGAGUUACUUAGAGAUGGAGAAGCUGUUCAAGAUUUAUGUGUACCAGGAAGGAGAGCCACCAAUGUUCCAUAAUGGUCCAUGUAAGAGCAUAUAUUCUUCGGAAGGAAGGUUCAUUCAUGAAGUGGAAAAGGGAAAAUUUUAUACAACUCAAGAUCCUGAUGAGGCUUUGGUUUAUUUCCUUCCAUUCAGUGUUGCCAUGCUGGUUCGUUAUCUCUACGAGUCUGAAUCUCUUAAAACGGAUGCCAUCGGAAGGAUUGUCAUCGACUACAUCCAUGUCAUUUCCGGUAAAUAUCCUUACUGGAACCGUAGCCUUGGUGCUGACCAUUUCAUGCUCUCCUGCCAUGAUUGGGGGCCGCUUGCAUCCUCCUAUGUGCCUCAUUUGUUCAACAAGUCCAUUAGAGUUUUAUGUAAUGCAAACACUUCAGAAGGGUUUACUCCAGCUAAAGACGCCUCAUUUCCAGAAAUCAAUCUCUUAAAGGGUGAAGCGGAUAUCGGCGGUCUUCCACCCUCUCGUCGGUCCAUUCUUGCCUUUUUCGCAGGUCAUCUCCACGGCUACAUCCGGUACCUCCUCCUGAAUGAGUGGAAAGAUAAAAACGACCCGGACGUCCAAGUGUACGACCAACUUCCCAAGGGAGUUUCGUACAUGUCGAAGCUGAAGAACAGCAGGUUUUGCCUAUGUCCUAGCGGAUACGAAGUGGCGAGCCCGAGAAUUGUGGAGGCCAUUUAUGCAGAGUGUGUUCCGGUGUUGAUUUCAGACGGCUAUGUGGCGCCUUUCAGUGAUGUCCUAAACUGGAACUCCUUCUCGGUUCAGAUUACCGUCAAGGACAUCCCCAACAUAAAAAGGAUAUUGAUGGGCAUUUCUCACAGACAAUAUCUGAGAAUGCAAAGGAGAGUGAAGCAAGUUCAAAGGCAUUUUGUGGUGAACCCAACGCCUAAGAGAUAUGAUGUUUUCCAUAUGAUUAAUCACUCUAUUUGGCUUAGAAGAUUAAACGUUCACAUUCAGGAUUUUGGUGUUCCUUGAUUUUGACAUUUAAGUUUCUUGUCACAUGACUUAUAUUACGAGUAAGGAAAUUGCAUAAGCAUUGUUCAAAAUUUCUUUUAGACGAAGCAGAAUAGAAAAGGUAUAGGGUUUAGGGUUGGGUAAGAGAGUCAAAGCAAAAGAGAGAGUAAACCGUAUAGCCUAAUGCCCAUUAGGUUUUUUGGUCCUCAAUCCCUCAUGUCAUCCUACAACACAAACAUGGCGUAGAUUUUA